AUGGCCUUUGCUUCGACCCAUCCCAGUGUGCUCAGCGUGGUCAUCGAGGUCGAGUUUCUCGUGGCUGUAGAAAAGGACGGCCACAAAUACAACAACACGGCCGCCGCUGGAAACGACACAGAAGGCACCGCCUCGCAGAUUCACAAAUGGGCCUGUCCGUCGCAAGCAGACGACCCAUCGAUGGAUGUCCUGCACCAAUGCAAGGCCGUCCUGUCCAGAGACCACGCCAACGUCAUCAUCCGCCACAACGAAACGCACCUGACAGAGAGGUCCUGGCAGUCUGCGCGUUUCGAUUCCUGGAUACUACAACCCUGCCACCGCGGCUCAUCCGCCUCGUCGGGCAGCCCGACAAACUACGACUGGAGCGGCGUCAAGCUCCGGAGCCCGCUCAUGCCCGACACCCAGCUCACCGGCGACCCGUCCCCGGCGCUCCGGUGCGUCGAAACCCUCCGCCGCGCCAUCCUCAUCCGCGUCGACGCCUCCUGCAAGCUCAGCGUCUCGCUCCGGCCCGGCAGCAACUUCACACCAGUCCAGGCCAAGAAGCUCGCGACGCUGGUGUGGCUCACGGAACGGGACCUGCUCGUUCCCCUGCGACACUUGGGUUGUGAUGUCGCGGCUGUCGCUUGCCCCCGGCCAGUCACGACCGCAUCCCUCGCGGCCAUUUCCCGCCACGGCCAGACGUUUGACGCCGCCGAGCCUCUCGACCCGCUGCUGGAGGGAAUCAUGAACUCCCACCUGCCGACGGGGCUGGGAGACGGCGCCGCCCGCAGCUGCCUGCAGAGGCUGUGGGCGUGUCCCGAGGGCUGGGGGCCCUUCGCGCUGUACGUGUACGACGACGACGACGACGCCGAGGACAGCGGCGCCUCGUGCUGCGCCGUCGCGUCGUUCCGCUGCGCACCGUGGCAUCCCCGCCGCGGGCUCGACGUGUCGCCACUCUGGACAGACUUGGUCCUCGCGCUCGGGAGGGCCACGAGCCUGGCGCCCGAGCGUUUCAAGAGCCUCGUAGCUGAGAUUGACGACGUGAACUGCGCGUCUCGCCAGGGCGACGCCCACGGCGCGAGCCACCGCACACGGCUGAUGAAGGCGCUGGGCACGGGGGACGCGCGCUGCGCCGAGUGGGAGCGCAUCGUGGCGGACUGUAGAAACGGCGCUCCUUGA